AUGGCGGAUAGGAAGACGACAGAGGUGGAACGCACCUCGUUCCAGCACGAUGGGCGAUCCAACGAUAUCGAGGACUCGGCCCCCAAGGCCUCGGUCGAGGCCCAGGCCCAGCGUCGCGGUCUACAGCCGCCUCCCAUCGUGGCGGCCAUGACCCCCGAGUACCGCGCCGAGCUCGAGAAGAAGCUCAGACGCCGGAUCGAUUUGCGCCUGCUCCCGAUGACUGUCUUGUGUUACAUCUUGAACUACAUUGACAGAAACAACAUCGCCGCGGCGCGUCUGGCUGGCUUGGAGCGAGAUCUCAAUCUCGACCCCAACUCGAACCAGUUCCAGACGGCCGUGAGUAUUCUGUUUGUGGGAUACCUGCUCAUGCAGGUCCCGUCCAACCUGUUUCUCAACAAGAUUGGAAAGCCGGCGAUUUACCUGCCGACUUGUAUGGUCAUCUGGGGUGUCAUCUCUGCCGCCACGGCCGCGUGCCACAACUACGCCGGACUCCUCGCAGUCCGCUUCAUCCUGGGUUUCGUCGAGGCUGCGUACUUCCCCGGAUGUCUCUACUACCUCAGCUGUUGGUACACACGUGAGGAGCUCGGCCUGCGCACGACGAUCCUGUACACGGGAUCCCUCAUCUCGGGUGCCUUCUCGGGUCUCAUCUCGGCCGGUAUCACGGGAAACAUGGACGGCGCGCGCGGACUCGGUGCCUGGCAGUGGCUGUUCCUCAUCGAGGGUGUGAUUACGAUUGCCGUCGCCAUCGCCGCUUACUGGGUCCUGCCCAACUUCCCGCGCACGACGUCGUGGUUGAACGAGGAGGAGACGGCGCUUGCCGUGUGGCGACUCGAGGAGGACAUCGGAGAGGACGACUGGACUGGUAGCCAGGAGCAGACGUUCUGGCACGGGUUCAAGACGGCUUUGGAGGAUGUAAAGACCUGGAUCUUGCUCGUCCUCAUCUUCUCCAACGUCGCAUCCGCCUCCAUCACGAACUUCUUCCCCACCGUCGUCGCGACCCUCGGCUACAACCGCGUCAUCUCUCUCCUGCUGACCUGCCCGCCCUACGUCCUCUGCAUCAUCACCACCGCCCUCAACGCCUGGCACGCCGACCGCACGGGAGAGCGCUACCUCCAUAUCGUCUUGCCGCUGUGCGUCGCCAUGGCGGCCUUCAUCCUCGGCGCCGCCACCCACGCCACGGCGCCCCGAUACGUCGCGAUGAUGUUGCUAGUACCUGGCGUUUACUCCGGUUACACGACGGCUCUGGCCUGGAUCAGCAACACGAUGCCCCGACCGCCGGCGAAGCGCGCCUCGGCGCUCGCCUUCAUCAACGCCGUGUCCAACUGCUCCAGCAUCUACGCUAGUUACCUGUACCCCUCGAGCGCGUCGCCGCAGUACACGGCGGCCUUCGUCCACAACUGCAUCAUGUGCUUCAUCGCCAUCUGCGCGGCUACGGUUCUGAGGGUCGUGUUGACGCGGUUGAACAAGAAGCUCGAGAGGGGCGAGCACGUCGAGGGAGCGAUCAACGCUGCGCCGGGAGAGGCGGCGGCGCUUGGUUUCCGCUUCAAGGUUUGA